AUUGUUAGGGGCAAGAGAGGCGAGCUAGCCUGUUAGCACCUAGCUGCAUUCUAGCUCAUAUAUGUCCUACUAUUGACCACACCGACCGCACUUAAAUACACGAAUGGUUAUUUUAAAGAGCGGCUUGAUGCGACUGAAAGCGCGGGGCGCUGAAUUCAAACGCCUCUCUCGGACAUUGUAUUGUAUCAUUGAAAUACAAUUAAACGUUCGAGCGGAACCAGUUGGAUGCUAAACUAGUUAGCCUGGACUGCGUGUGGAGUUAGCCGCUGCUAUCCUGCAGGCCCUGCACACCGCUAGCUACAAGCUAGCUCGCCUUCGUGUUGCUUUGGAGGCUUACUGGGGGACACUUUGAAGCAGAAGGUGUUCAAAAUGAAGAAGAAAGGGAGACAUCAGCGUGUGGCCACCCCACAAAGACCCCCAUCGCCCAUCAAACCCUCAAGAAACCGUCAGACUCUAACCUAUGCCGAAGCCCAGCGGAUGGUCGAGUUGGAAAUAGAUGGACGUGUUCAUCGACUCAGCAUCUAUGACAAGCUCGACGUAAUCAGCAGUGACGAUCCUUUAGCUCAGGAGAUCAGUGAAUGCAAUAGUAACAAGGAAAAUGCAGAGGAACCCCAGCAGGUCUUGGUGCGCUCUGUGCGGCUUAAAAUCAAUCAACAAAAGAAGAGUGCUGCUCUGAACACGGGGCAGGGUUCCCUAACUCAGGGCAGGCUACCAGAGCCAAGAAUUCGAAUGAUCGAAUAUAAUCUUCCAGCUGUGCCGCGAAGACCAACUACUUAUUACUGCCAUGUGGAGAAGACCCCAGAUGAGCUUGAUGAGGAGGUGGAAUAUGAUAUGGAUGAAGAAGAUUAUGCAUGGUUGGAGCUGAUCAACGAGAAAAGGAAGAGUGAAGGUUUUAGUCAGGUUUCCCAGAAUGUUUUUGAGUUCCUAAUGGACCGCUUCGAAAAAGAGUCCUUUGUUGAGAACCAGGGUCAGGGAGAUCCGCAGUCUCUCAUUGAUGAGGACGCUGUUUGUUGUAUCUGUAUGGAUGGCGAGUGCCAGAACAGUAAUGCUAUUCUGUUUUGUGACAUGUGCAACCUAGCAGUGCAUCAGGAGUGUUACGGGGUGCCCCACAUUCCAGAGGGCCAGUGGUUGUGCCGACACUGUUCACAGUCUCCCUCCCAACCUGCAGAAUGUAUUUUUUGUCCGAAUAAAGGUGGCGCACUUAAGAGGACAGAUGAUGACAGAUGGGGCCAUGUGGUCUGUGCUAUUUGGGUUCCUGAGGUCGGUUUUACUAACACCGUUUUCAUUGAGCCUAUUGAUGGUGUAGCUAAUAUUCCACCAGCACGUUGGAAACUGACCUGCUACCUCUGUAAAGAGCGAGGGGUUGGAGCCUGCAUUCAGUGCAGCAAGGCUAAUUGUUACACCGCAUUUCAUGUGAGCUGUGCUCAGAAAGCGGGCCUGUACAUGAAGAUGGAGCCGAUCAAAGAGGUGACUGAUGCAGGGUCCACUACGUUUUCAGUGAAGAAGACUGCAUACUGUUGUUCUCAUACUCCUAGUGGAUGUACCAGGAGGCCGCUUAGCAUUUAUGAUGAAGCUCAACCUAAAGGCAGCGUUUGUCAAAAGAGCAAACAAAAAACUCGGAGGGCAAAAGUGAAGGGAUGCCAAAAGAAAAAAAAUAAAGUAGAUGUCCAGUCAGUUCCAGUGGUUCCAACUGUUUCAGUACCUAGUAUGACACCUAAAAGCUUCAACACUAUUCUCAACCAAGUCUCUGUUCAGAAGAAAAAACAGUUUGUGGAGCGUGUUCUUAGUUACUGGAUGCUGAAGAGGCAAUCAAGAAAUGGCGUGCCUCUUAUCCGACGCCUGCAAACUACCAUCCAGACUCAAAAAGCACCCCAAUUGGAACAGAGUAAGGAAGACUGCCAGACAUUAAAGGAACAACUAAAGGAUUUGCAUCGUUUACGCCAUGACCUGGAACGGACACGGUUGCUACUUGAGCUUAUUCGAAAGAGAGAGAAGCUCAAGAGAGAGCAGGUGAAGCUUCAGCAGUCAGUGCUGGAGAUGCAGCUUACUCCAUUUACCAUCAUGCUGCGAGCUGUGUUGAACCAGCUGCAGGAGAAAGACCAGACCAGGGUAUUUGCCCAGCCUGUCAGCAUCAAGGAGGUUCCAGACUAUCUUGAUCACAUCAAGCAUCCAAUGGACUUCUCUACCAUGAGGAAACGCAUUGAUGCACAUGAAUACAAGAGCAUGGAUGAGUUUGAGGAUGAUUUCAAUCUCAUCAUCAAUAACUGCAUGACAUAUAAUGCCAAGGAGACCUUCUUCUACCGUUAUGCUGUGCGGUUGCGAGACCACGGCGGAGCUAUUCUCAGGAAGACUCGGCGAGAUGCAGAGAGAAUAGGUUUUGACUUUGCCAGUGGAAUGCAUCUACCUGAGCCACCUAAAAUAGAGCCUCAACCAUUGCUGACAUGGGAAGAGGUGGACCGGUUGCUAAAUCCUGCAAAUCGACUGCACAUGUCUUUGGAAGCGCAGCUUAAUGCACUGCUAGAGAUGCUUGAUUUAACAAGUGCGAUGAAAUCUAGCCCAUCACGGAGCAAGCGUCUCAAGCUGCUCAAAAAAACCAUCAAUGAUGUGCGGCUUGAAAUGUGCCAGAAGACUACAGGUCCUUCCUCAGAACAGAGCCACAUCCAUGAAAACGAACCACUCCCUGUUCCAGAGUGUUUGGAAGAAGUUAACGAGACAUUACCUCCCAAAUUAGAGCCAUCAGCUUCUGCUCCACUUGUCACAAAUUCAGAAAAUGUCUCCGAGCCUCCUGCACUGAAACCCGUGGACCUCAGCCCUGAGAAAUGCCAGACAAUGAUCACACUUGAUGAUAAGACGCUCUCUACCUCACUGUUAAAUGGACUUUCCUCUGAUCUACAACCCUCUGAAAACAAUGUUGUGGUAGCUACAUCUACUCUUACAGAAGCAGCAGGCACAAUUAACAGAAGAACUGCAGUGCUCUUCAGGAAGUCUAAGAGUAUGAGCCCACAGAAACCAGUAAGUAAGGCAGAAGCAUCAGUGGACUGCCCUCAGCUUGGUACAAAAACAUUCCUAUCAGUUGUUAUUCCACGCCUUGAGACACUGCUUCAGCACAGGAAGAGAGCUCACAGCGGGGACAGCCAAGGUGGAGAAAAAGAGGAGUGCCCAGCCAAGCGUUUUGAUUCAGGGUUCUCUAAUGGUUGUCUAAUACUAGAGCAGCAAAAGCAGGUGAGCAGCAGAGUCCUAGAACCUCGCCGUCGCUGUGCCUCCGAAUCUAGCAUCUCCUCAAGUGGCAGCACAAGUCUGCUAGACAGUACGAGUGCUGUCAUUCACCCGAAAGGUGGCAAGGGGAAGCAAGCGAUGGCACGGCGAAACACAACAGAUGACCGAAACGAACCAAUCGCAUGCAUGGAAACAGGGACCCUUUCCAAAGCAAGCAAGCUGGCAUCUGAGCUUGACAACAGCAAUAUAUGGACCCCCCCUAAUACUACCACACUAACUCUGGAACCCUUUAAACUAGUCUGGGCAAAACUUAGUGGAUAUCCCUCCUACCCUGCCUUGAUCAUAGACCCACAGAUGCCCCGAACGGGCUUCCAUCGCAAAGGCGUGUUCAUACCCACUCCUCCACGGGACGUGCUCAGAGUCGGCGAGCUGAUGCAGUACAGGUCAGAGGAGAAACUCUUCCUCGUCCUCUUCUUCGACAACAAGCGCAACUGGCAAUGGCUUCCUAAGACCAAAAUGGUACCAUUUGGGGUUGACAAGACGUUAGAUAAAAUCAAAAUGUUGGAGGCUCGCACCUCAAGCACACGGAAAGCUGUGCAAUGCGCCUUCACCCGUGCCAUGAAACACUUGAGCUUAGUCCAGGACUUUAGUGAUGGUGACUAAACUUAAUACUCAAUGGCCACUUCAGGGUUCGUCAUCCCCGGAUUUGCCUACUAUCACACCUACAAAUUUGGCUGGCCGUGUUUACGAGGACCCUAAAUAGGCUCCUUCUUUCUGGCCUUUCAUCCAGAGUAGAAUGGGCUUCUUUAAUGAGAUGUGAGAGGAUCUUCACUAAUGUGCUGUAGCACUGCAGUGAAAACUUACUGCCAUCACUAUCCUUCAGAAAAAUCACGUAGCCAACCUUGCCUGUAAAUAUAAGAUUGCUGUAAGUUAUCCAACACUAAUUUAUUAUGCUUCAGUUGGUACCGCACAUUACCUCGAGGAAGAUUUGUACUCCAAGGUGAACAGAGCACUGAGGUGCAGACCCCGUUGGUGCUACAUUACAGGCAAAGCCUCAAAUUUUUUCCUCCUGUCUAAAGACAUGAACGAGGCUUCUGCACUUACUGUAUCAAAUUAAAUUCCUUUUUAGCAGUUAAGUUAUUUUAAGUUACCAAUGCAAGCUUCUCCUACUUGGCAUUAAUGUUAUCCACUUUUUUAUAUAAUGAAUGGAAAAAAAAAAUUCUUACAACUACAUGCUGUUUGUACAUAUUUAUAUAAAACUAAGAAAUUCUAUACUGUAUAUGUAAUACACAGAGUCAUUUUUGAAUAAAGAAAACGUAGCGAUGAAAAACCAGAAGUGCAUCACUCAUACAAAACCAAAAAAUGCUGCCCAGGUUUAUUUUUUUUUAAUUAGUUUUUUUAUUUACAUGAGUGGUUGUAAAAAUGUGUGUGUGUACUGUACAAAAGAUAGUUGAGAGAUUUUCCAACUGUUGCAUAUUUUUUUUACUGUAUUGGUAUGUAUUGGGACUUGUGCUGAGAAUGUGCCUGUACAAAUGACUUGUAUUAGAACAAAAAGGUAUGCAAAACUUUAUAGCCAAGAGUGUGUUGAGACGAUUUGGUGAAAGCUGUGUUUAUUUUUUUUUUGUUUGUUUU